CAACUGCCCUCAGGAGAGUUGCUGAUACACAACUUGGAGUUCAGCGAUCAGUUUCCAACGUAUCGUUGUAGAACGAUGCAUCGACUCAGCAGAAACAUCGUCGUCAGUAGUCCAGCGAAUGUCAGAAUAACAGAGCAUCGGGGGAUCGUAGCACCUGUCAUAGUCGAACACUCUGGUGCUGUCACAGUUGCUCAGGAUGAAGGGGCAGCGAUGAUUUGCAUAGCUCAGGGGUGCCCUUCACCUGAAUAUAGAUGGUACAAUCAUGCUGGCUUGGAGCCAAGCCUCAUUAUGCCAGGGCCAAGAGUCAGGCAGCUGGGACCUGUACUGGCCAUCGAAGCCGUCACACCCGAGGAUGGUGGUGUGUAUCGAUGUUCAGCAUCGAACGCUGGCGGAGAAACAAGUGCGGAAAUGCGACUGGCGGUAUCAACACCUCUACAUGUAGAAAUAUCACCACCGCUAUUGAGUGUACAUAUGGGUGGGAGUGCAGAAUUCAGGUGUGUAGUGUCUGCACAAACGGGGGGACCGCAUCUAGUAACAUGGUUCAAAGAUGGCCGACAGCUACCAAGUACGGGACGUGGUUCCAGUGAGACCUUAGUGGUGAACAACGUUGGAAGAGAAGACAGGGGCAUGUAUCAGUGCAUUGUUAGGAGAGUUGAGGGUGAUACCGCUCAAGCAGCAGCUGAAUUGCAACUGGGAGAUGCACCUCCAGUAUUGCUGUACAGUUUCAUUGAGCAAACAUUACAGCCUGGUCCAGCGGUUUCACUUAAGUGCAGUGCUUCGGGAAACCCAACACCACAAAUCUCGUGGACACUGGAUGGAUUUCCUUUACCUAGUCAUGGAAGGUUUGUGAUCGGCCAGUAUGUAACCGUCCACGGUGACGUCAUCAGCCACGUCAACAUCAGUCACGUGAUGGUAGAAGAUGGUGGAGAAUAUACCUGCACAGCAGAGAAUAGAGCUGGGAAGACAUCACACUCCGCCAGAUUAAACAUAUAUGGUAUGCCUUAUAUCAGGCUAAUACCGAAAGUGACAGCUGUAGCAGGAGAGACACUUAGACUGAAGUGUCCCGUAGCGGGUUAUCCUAUAGAAGAGAUCCAUUGGGAGAGGGGUGGCAGUGAACUACCAGUAGAUCUCCGACAAAAAGUUCAAGCUGAUGGUACAUUGAUUAUACAUCCAGUGGAAAAGAAAGCAGAUUCGGGCGUAUACACAUGCUGGGCAAGAAAUAAACAAGGACAUAGUGCAAGAAGAAGUGGGGAAGUCAACGUCAUAGUUCCGCCCAAGGUUAGCCCGUUCAGCGUGGAGGACAGUUUACACGUAGGUGACCGCGCCAGUCUGACGUGCUCAGUGACCAAAGGUGACCAACCUUUGACCAUAACCUGGCACAAAGACGGCCGUACAGUCGAGCCUGGACAGUCUGUGUCCAUAACCCAAGUGGACCAAUUUACUAGCAUUCUAAUGAUAUUGAGCCUGAGCCCGGAGCACAACGGCAACUACAGCUGCGUGGUGAGGAACCUCGCUGCCGAGGUGUCACACACCCAUCAUUUGGUAGUGAAUGUACCACCACGAUGGCUCGUGGAACCAGUCGAUGUCAGCGUUGAGAGAAACAAACAUGUCGCACUACAUUGCCAAGCGCAAGGAGUACCUACCCCAGUCGUUACAUGGAAAAAAGCAACAGCCAGCAAAUCGGGCGAUUAUGAGGAAAUCCGCGACCAUAUGUACACAAAACUACUUGGCAACGGUACUUUACUACUUCAGCACGUGAAAGAAGAUCGUGAAGGGUACUACUUAUGCCAGGCAGAUAACGGCAUUGGUACUGGCAUCGGAAAAGUCAUACAGCUCAGGGUAAAUUCGUCUCCAUACUUCUCAGCACCAUCACGCUUAGUAACUGUAAAGAAAGGAGAUACUGCACUACUGCAUUGUGAUGUGAACGGCGACAAACCAAUCAACGUGAUCUGGUCAAAGGGUGAUAAGACUGAACUGAAUCCGUCGAUGAACUACAGGGUAAACGUGAAGCAAGAUGUCACUCCUGAUGGUGUUGCUGCGGAGCUUCAAAUCCUGAACGCUGACGCGUCAGACAGUGGCGCUUAUUUUUGUAGAGCGAGCAACAUGUAUGGCCAGGAAAAGCAGCUGGUGCAACUACUGGUCCAAGAACCUCCACCCCCACCACAUGCCUUGGAAGCAGCGAUGGUAGGAAGUCGAAGUGUCAAUUUGAAAUGGCAGCAUAACAACGCAGGUGACACGGACGAGGUUUUCAAAUUCAUCGUUGAGUACAGAGAGCUGGACAAGCAGUGGCACCAAAUUGAGCUGACUGAUACUCCACUCCAGUAUGCCGCACUGAUAGAAGACUUAAAACCAGCUACAAAAUACGUAUUUCGAGUGUCAGCAGAAGGUGCGGCUGGACGUAGCGCAGCCAGUGACGAGUUGAUUGUCAGGACAGAACCUCAAAGGCCUGCUGGACCUCCUCUGCAGGUUUCCGCUAGGGCGAUAUCCAGUACGGAGGUACUGGUCACGUGGAUGCCUCCGGUACCAGAACUGAGAAAUGGAGAAAUACAGGGCUUCAACGUAGGUUACCGCACUGCCUCCCAAAUCGCCUACAAUUUCACCUCCGUAACUGGUGAUGGGGAAGAUGGCGGUGAAGCUUUGCUGUCUGGUCUCGCCAAGUACACCAGAUAUACGAUCGUUGUGCAAGCGUUCAAUGAAGUUGGAGCUGGUCCACUGUCAGACAGCGUCAAUGUCCAAACAAUGGAAGACGUUCCCAGCAUGCCACCACAAGAUGUGAGAUGUGCUGCGCUUACAUCUCAGUCUCUUCAAGUUAGCUGGCAACCGCCAUCAACAGAUCACUCGAAUGGUAUUGUUCAAGGAUAUAAGCUUACAUAUGAGCCUGUUGUGGAUGACAACUGGAGAGGGAACGACGAGAUGGAAACUAGGAAGACCACUGCGCUAACGACCGUCAUCACUGGAUUGAGAAAAUUCACAAAUUACAGUCUGCAAGUUCUCGCUUUUACCAAGGUGGGAGAUGGAGUGUUUACCCCGGUUGUAUUUUGUCAGACUGAAGAGGACGUCCCUGGUCCACCAGCCGACAUCAAAGCCGUCGCCUCCGGCUCUCAGUCCUUGAAAGUAUCCUGGCUGCCUCCUGUGGAACCCAACGGCAUCAUCACCAAGUACACUCUGUACAGACGUGGCCUAGAUGGUCAUCAAGAGGUGGACGGUGGAAAGCAAACUGUUAGCGGGGCCCAUACGACGGCAGAAGUUGGAACUGUUCGACCACAUCAGGAGUAUCAAUUCUGGGUGACCGCUUCUACCAGGAUUGGGGAAGGGCAAAGUAGCAAAGUGGUUACGCAGCAGGCCAAGCAAAGGAUUCCUGCCAGAAUAAUUUCAUUUGGAGGUUUAAUUGUGAGGCCAUGGAGAAGCUCAGUAGCAUUUAAUUGUGAAGCUGUUGGAUCGCCACGAAGAGAAUGGAUGAGAGGGGAUCAGGUGCUCAAGGGCGGAGCAAAUCACAACCAACAGCUACUGGAUACUGGUGAACUUAUUCUUUCAAAUCUGCAACUCUCUGAUGCUGGCAACUAUACUUGCCAAGUGGACAAUGGACAAGGAUCAGAUAGGAUCACAUAUGCUCUUGGAGUACAGGUACCACCUUCGGCACCACUUUUAUACGUAACUAGUGCAACAAGCAGUAGCGUUUUGUUGCAUUGGAAACCAGGACAUGAUGGUGGUGCUCCUAUAGGUGGGUUCACGCUAAGCUACAAGAAGGAACAUGGCGAUAUUGAUGAGGUGCAUCUCAACAGGCAUGCAACUAGCUAUGAACUGAAGGGAUUAUCGUGUGGCACUACCUACCACCUGCACCUCACCGCCCAAAACAAAAUCGGCGAAUCGCCUGCCAGCCAUCCUCUUCAGGCUCGAACUCAAGGACAUCCUCCAGGCGUACCAACAGCUACUUCAUUCCUGGUACCGAACUCAACGUCAGUGACACUACGGCUGCACGCUUGGCCGGACAACGGCUGUCCGAUACUGUACUUCGUAUUGCAGUAUAGGAAGACUACGGACUCGCAAUGGACUCUAGUCUCAAAUGCCCUAAAACCCCAACGGAAGACGUCCAUCACUGGCUUGACACCCGCAUCUCAGUAUGUCGUAAAAUUGGAGGCACACAACGUUGCUGGUUUCUCAACAGAAGAGUUUUCCUUUAUGACUCUAACGAAAGAAGGAGAUGUGCCACCGCCAAAUCUGAUGCAACAAGAAGACGACACAACUCCUUUCUACUCGGACGUAAAAGUGGUAGUACCUCUGGUAGUGGUUGGUUUUGCCAUUAUCGUAUCAGUAGCGGGAGCAGUCGUUUGUAUGAGACAUCGGCAAAGAGAAGGCGACAAGGAAACGAUGGAUAAUCAGCAGAAUGCUGAAGCUCAGAGAGAAAGGUACUACGCCACUAUUCACAAGGUGGCUUUGCAGGCAGGUGAAAAGAUACCAGAGACUUCCGAAGACAUAUCACCAUAUGCGACAUUCCAACUAUCGGAGCCUAGUACACUGCCGCAAAAUACGAUGUUGCACAGCUUCAUGUACCAUGAGCAUCCGAUGACAGAAGGUUGUGCUUCACCACCUCCAGCUACCUCCUCAGUUCAACGAAACUCACCAUACUAUAAUAUACAAAAAUUUCAAAGUACAAAAGGCCAUGGAAGAAGGAGAGCUAACAGAAAGAACGACGUGGACAGUGAUGACAGCGAAUCAGAUCAGGAUCAGCUGACAUCCAGCAGAACAGAGUCUUCCAAUCAGCUAGACAUGAAACACAAACAUAACUUCGUGUAUCAUGGAGCCCAAUCAAGCACCUCAUCAGACAUAUCCCCAAUGUCAGAACAAAAGUCGUUGCCUAGACGGAACAGAAACAGGUGGCUUUCCCAAGGUGGUCGCAGCAACUCCCAACGGCAGAUGCUGUCCCACCUGACCGUGGCCGAAACGGCGUUUACGGAACGCCCACCCGCCCCUGCACCUACGCCAGCGCCCAGCGACCAAGGCACUCCUGAUCGGAUAGAGCUCAGCGAAGCUGAAUGCGACAUCGACACCCUCAAGAAGCUCAAGCUGGGCUUGCGCAGCAGUCUUUGGGCACGGCCUGCUACGCAAGGAGCGCAACAGGGUGGAAACUUGCAUCCUAGCGACUACUCGAUCGCGGUGUAACAGGGCUUUAGACAGUGGGUGGUGUAAACCGGACUUCGCAUCGCAAUGUGGGUAGAACAGAGCUCUUGAGGUUGCGAAGUAAGAGGUCGGUUCUGCUGUCCAUAGUGGAAAUGGUUUUGUAUACUCUAUUGCUUUUAUGGACCGGCUAAAGCUGUAUUCGCCUUUAUCUGUCGUGACAGGUAGGAGUUUAGAUCCAGAAACUAGUUCCCCACCAAGACUAUUAUGAGCGGAAA